UAAUUAACACUAAAAAUGGUGAACUUGGUCGAAGCAGGACAAUCCCUGCUUCAUGCCAUACUGAAGCUCGCCGGACUCCGGCAGCAAACCAUCAUGAUCGAACCCGGCACAGUCAUGAGCUUCUGGGCACCAAAGAAAACCAACAGCAAGCACAUAAAAGAGAAGCCAGCAGUCAUUCUAGUGCACGGCUUCGCAGCUGAUGGCAUUAUGACCUGGCUGUUUCAAUUCGGCACCUUAACAUCCAAAUACUCCGUCUACAUCCCCGACCUCCUCUUCUUCGGAGGAUCCACCACUAACAGCAAUGACCGAUCGCCGAAUUUUCAAGCUGAGUGCUUGAUAAAGGCACUGGAUGAGCUCGGUGUGGAGGAGUGCACAGUGGUGGGGUUUAGUUAUGGUGGGAUGGUAGCGUUUAAAAUGGCAGAGGCUCGGCCAGAAAUUGAUGAAGGCUUUGUUGUGUCAGACAUGAUUGCGAUGACUGAUUCAAUCAUGAUUGUCAUGUUUGAAGAGGUGGGGUUCAAGUCAUACGCGGAGCUGCUACUGCCGGAGUCGGUUAAGGGGCUCAAGGAUCAAUUGUCGGUCGCGAUGUAUAAGAAACUUUGGUUGCCGGACUUUUUCCACAGGGACUACCUAAAGGUAAUGUUCAGCAAUAGGAAGGAGAGGGGUGAACUGCUGGAGGGGAUGGUAAUCAGAAGCGAGGAUGCCGAAGUUCCCAAUUUUCCCCAGACGAUACUUUUACUAUGGGGUGAGAAUGACAAUAUAUUCAACAUGGAGCUAGCACAGAACAUGUUGGUUCAACUAGGGAAGAAAUCUACACUGCGAGGAAUAAAGAAUGCUGGUCACCUGGUUCAUCUAGAGCGCCCCUGUGUCUACAACCGCCGACUCAAGAAGUUCCUCGCUCUCGUCAAUUCCCAACACACCACCGAACAGUCUUGAUGCAAAUUUCACAAUUUUGGCUAGCUCCACAUUUUGCAUAUCCCUCAUCUGUUGCAUGUCAUUUUUUUAUACGACACGUUCAAUAUGGUAAUAAAAAUUUAAUAAAGCCCGAAAAUCUUAUGGAUCUUCACUUGCUCAGGAAGACAAAAUAGUUUUCAAAUAACGAGUGUCAUCCAGGAUCAUCAAGUUGAUACGGUGUUACUAGCUGUUGAAGUUAACUGGAGAGGUGGGUAUUGUUGGUUCUUGAUAUAUCAAUCUGUUGAUAGAGUGGAUAGCCUUCUCAUCAAAGAAUUAGCGGUGUUCACCUAACCUGUGCUACAGUGUUCAUCUACCCCCGUGCUACAAUGUUCACCUGCCCCAAAUAGUAUUCACCUACCCCCAUGAGAAAACUUAUAAAUACCGCCCUAAAUUUUAUUUGUAAGGCAUCUCAGUAGCAGAGAGAGAAAGAGAAAGAUACAGAUAUAAGUAAUAUCAUUGAGAGAGUUUGUGAGAAAUUCUUAGAGAGUAUCUUGAUCAAGAGAGGGUGUUCUGUUUUAUCUUUUUUCUUUGUAACCUCGAAAGGAAUAUAAAGGAAUUGGGCGUCAUCGUUGUACCGUGGAGUAGCUCCGUAACAGUGAACCACGUUAUAUCUGUGAGUAAUGUAAUUGAA